CGUAGUUUCGACGCUCUGAGCCCUGGAGCGACGAGCCUGGGAUUUCGGAGCUUGUUUGCAGCGCAGCUUGUCUGGAAAUCUAACGGAGGGCUUUGGAGGCAAUCUGCAAUGUAGACCCAAAAAUGUAUUCGGGCGAAUGUCUCCGUGACACUGCUUUCCCAUGAACAUAAAGAAGAUCUGUCAAGAAUCGGUUUCCCUGCUCAGUCCUCCGUUAGUCGACAGAAGGAAGUUGCAAAAGUCUCCUCUGUAUUAAGAUUCAUGUUGGCUAAAGGACUGAAGCGCAAGCUUAGUGAUUACGAAGAAAAUAUGGCUGGUGUUCCUGGUGCCUUUGAUUCUAACCCAGGGCUGCCCUACACUUUGCAGAGACAGUUGGUACUUAAUAUGUGCCUUAUCAAAUUGCAAAGCUGUAGGAUGCUGGUGGAACCAAACUUGCACCGUUCUGUUCUCAUCGCAAAUACUGUUCGGCAGAUCCAGGAGGAAAUGAGGCAAGAAACUAGUCUAGAAGGAUCUAAUAUCUGCAAUGGAACAAGUCCAGUUCCAGACUCAUAUGCAGCAUCUCAGGCCAGUGUUGAGUUAACUGGAACACCAUCAUCCAUUCAAAUCAGCUCUCCUGAUUUGAAUAUUUCGUCAGAUUUUUCAGAAAACCAGAUUGAGAACUCUUUAGUAGUUGUUUCAGAUGAUGACAUGUCAUCUGCCAUUUCAUCAAUCCUCAAAGAUUUGGAUUUCAUGGAGGAUAUUAGCCCAUCUCCUUGUACUGCACCUGCAUGCGAAGACGACAUAAAUACAGACAUUUCUUUGGUAGACAGAUCACAAGAACCUAGGUCUGCAGAAACUGUGUUUGGCUCUUUUGAAAUCACAAAUUCAACGAGUUACCUAACAGAUCUUGCUUUUGAUGACAUAUUUGAAGACAUUGACACGUCCAUGUAUGACUCAGAUCUGUGCUUACUUCCAUUAACACCGACUAGAUCAGCACCAGCUAUUGUGGAUGAUGUUUCAAAACCCUUUCAAUUAUGCACCUCUGCAUCAGUGAACGCCAUUCAGAUCUGCAGAGUAGAUUUGAGUGACCUGGACCACAUCAUGGAGAUUCUUGUAGGAUCCUAAUUCAUCACUGGGGUGUUUCAGAGUUUUGUAUGCUUGUCUUCCGAAUUAAUUAAAACAGCUGUGUCUAUACCAUUAGAGAUGGAAACAGCCAGUGUAAUAGCAAGCUGUGUUCAACCUUACACAUCUUUGAAGGGUUUAAGUAAUAUAAUUUUCAACUUUUUAAGUAUUUCAAAAAGUUGGAAACAAAAUACUACAGCAAAUAUUCCGACAAUUAGCAUGUGAAUCAUGGCAGGGGAACUGUUGGCUAGUAAUGAUAACUUCUGGCUUGCUAUCCACAAAUAUGCCCGUAACCACUUGGGUUAUUUUUUUAAUGGGAUAAGAUUGUUUUUAAGAAAUGAAUGGACUGCUGAAACACGCUGAACAUUAACUUAAUCAACUAAACCUUUAAUAGAGACUGAACAGUAUUAUGUGUUUCUGUACAUCAUUUUAAUAGUUAUGGUUUUUCAACAUUUAUAUCUGAAGUGUGAGAGGAACUAAUUAUCCGAAGGACAUUGUGAACAGGUUUAUUCUAUUGACUGAAGCACACAGUAUGUUUUAUUUCCUUACAGAAUGUUUUUAUAUGGUAUUCUUGAACCAACAAAGACACCUUUAUCAAAGGUUACAAAAAUGUUUUAUAUGACAUUUAAACUAUUUAUUUUUUUAGAAUUUUAUACUCUAAAUCUCUAUGUUUGAUGUUUGUCUAAUUUGGUUUUUAGUUCCAGUCUGGCAGGCUUUGCUGUUGGAUUUGACUUACACUACCUCUCCUAAGAUCUAACAAUAAAGCUUUGGUUUAAAAAAAGUGCUGUACAUGAACGGAUGCAGCUUCUGUUUUUUUAAUUUAAAAAAAAUGUGUAUGUGGGGAGUGGAAUCUAACGUAUCCAGAGCAAAGUAACUUUUGUUUUCUUCUUAAAUGUGAAGCUGUUGAGAUAGAUUUAAAUAUUUAUGACUUAGACUAGUUUUCUUCCAAUCCUAUUUGUACGCUUCAAUUUAUCUGAAAACAUGUUAACUCAGUAUUAGGAAAUGUUUGAUUCUGGGGUUUUAUUUUGAGCUGAGUGUUUAUGUUAGACAGAAUUAUUCAAAAUCAAAAACUAGGUACUUUAUCAGCAGUGUUAAGAAGAUUUCUCAUUUAGUUAUCUCUAGAUAUUUCUGACAUCUGACCUUUAAACAAGGAAAUACAUAAAAAUGAAAAGGCAAUAUGCUUUUUUAAAACUCAUUUACGGGAUGUGGGUGUUGCUGGCUAGGCCAGCAUUUAUUGCCCUUUCCUAAUUAG